AUGAAGAAAUCCGACCGAGAACGCCGCACUGAUGCCAGCACCUGCAAGAUGAUGCCUGCAGGCUUCGUCCCCGGUCCCUACGAGAUCUUGAUUGGACGUGGUCGUCGCUGCACGAACCACUGGGGAAACCAGCGCUUUCGCCACAUGAUCGAAACGGAACUCGAAGGAUACGCUGCUGCGGAAUGCAAGCGACACAAGUCGUCCAUCAUUGGCCGCGUCUUGGCGGACAUCAAGAAGCACAGCCCCAACAAGGGCUUCAUCAAGAAGGAUGUCGCCUCUGGACGCUGGCUGGCUUUUACGGAUGCCGCUUCUCGCGUGGCUAUUGCCCAAGCCUUCCGUGACGCACUCGACGACACUUACAAGAGCAGCAAGCACUCCAAGCAGGUCAAGAGGAGGAUGGAUAAGAACGUUGGCAUGCCAACCUCGGUUCCUUUCAAGUUCGCACCCCAGUCUCAGUCUCAGGAGCAACAAAUGCCUCCGCUCUUUAGCGGAAGCAUUAGUUUCGCCAAGAACGAUGACUGCAAGAUGAUGGACACUUCCAUGAUGGAUGAUGUGUCCAUGAGAUCCUCCUCUCUUCGAUCAUCCGUAUCAUCCGAGAAGCCAGAGGACUUCAACUUUGAUCCUUUGCCCAUCCAGAGCAGCAGCAACAACGGAGCCCAAGAUCUCUCAUCCGUUGGCAACGACGAGUUCGCGGCUCUCUUCAACGCCUUUGCUCGCAACGAUGUGGACAUGGGAGACAAUCCCUACGAGCCCUUUCCUCUGGCAAAUGCCUCCGUUUCCUCCAUCUCGGGAGAUCUCUUGGCCACUCCUCCCAUGUCGCCAGUUCCCGCCAGGAGAGCGGUUCGACGUCCCGCAGUGAUGCCCUUCAAGAGCUCCAGCGCCAACGGCGGUAAGCCCUUUGGCAACACUCCCUACCGCGAUGUUCGUGCCGCAAUGAGUGCUUAA